AUGAACGAGCAGGUGGAUCGUCUAGUCCAAAAGACCUGGGCAACCUACUGCUCCACCCCGGAUGACGCCCGAUUAAUGAUCGCCGUCAGUGGCAUCCCAGGCUCUGGCAAGACCGAGCUCGCCAACAUGAUGUCCAAACGCAUUAACGACAUCUACGCCUCCGAGAACCCUGUCUCCCAUCCCAUUGCCACCGCCCUCCCCAUGGAUGGUUACCAUCUCACCCGCGCUCAGCUAUCAGCCAUGCCCGACCCGCCGAUCGCCUUCGCCCGGCGCGGUGCUGCUUUCACUUUCGAUGGACAAAAAUUCCUAGCCCUCGUGCAAGACCUCCGAAAGCCACUCACGCCUCACUCUCCCAUGAUCUACGCGCCGAGCUUCGACCACGCAGUCAAGGACCCCGUGGACGACGAUAUACCGAUUCCGCCGACCUGUCGGGUGAUCUUCUUCGAGGGGAAUUACCUCAGUUUAAACAAGGCGCCGUGGAACGAGGCGGCGAGACUGAUGGACGAGUUGUGGUUUGUGGAGGUGGACUUCGAGGUUGCGAGAAAGAGAUUAAUCCGGCGACAUGUGCAGGCCGGGAUUGCGAAGGACGAAACGGAGGCAGAUUGGCGGGCGAGGAAGAAUGAUUUGGUUAAUGGGAAGGAGAUUGUGGACUUUCGCUUGCCGGUCCAGGAAGUCGUAUCGAGCAUCUAUGAUCCGGCCUGGGAACGACUGUAA